GUUGUUGUGACACCGGGAGCGUACGUCAUGCUUCAUGUGUCUCCGCUUAGCCUCAGACAUGUCGAGAUAGUCUCACGGAUGGACUAAAAAAUCGCAUGUGGAACAGCCAUCAAUUUAGUGGACCAGUUGGUUUGGUGUAGUGUUUUCUUUUGUGAUUUUAUAGUCCUAUGGAAACGGAUCUUAUUGAGAAGAUGCCGUGCCACAAACAGCAGCUAAACAACAGUGAGAGCCCCGAGCACGCCUCGAAGCACGUCCGCUUCGCCCGCAGUAGCAGCAGCACUGUUGCAGAGUCCUGUCAGGGCGACUCAGUACCGCAACAUAUCCAAACCCUGAGCGAUAUCCAGCGACAAAUAGGACCCCAGCUAAAACUCUUGCCAUUAAAUGACCAAAUACGAGAACUUCAGACAAUCAUUCGGGACAAAUCUACCAGUAGAGGUGAUUUUGUGUUCUGUGCUGAUAGAUUGAUAAGGCUAGUGGUGGAAGAGGGUCUCAAUCAGCUUCCAUACAGUGAAUGCACUGUAACCACGCCAACAGGACACAAAUACGAGGGUGUUAAGUUUGAAAAAGGAAACUGUGGGGUUAGCAUCAUGAGGAGUGGUGAGGCCAUGGAGCAGGGCCUGAGAGAUUGCUGCAGGUCAAUCCGUAUUGGUAAGAUUCUGAUCCAGAGUGAUGAGGAAACACAAAAGGCCAAAGUUUUCUAUGCAAAAUUUCCACCUGACAUCAGCCGAAGGAAGGUUCUGCUCAUGUACCCCAUCCUUAGUACAGGAAACACUGUGAUAGAAGCGGUGCGGGUGCUGAAUGAACACGGUCUGCAGGCCAAACACAUCAUACUACUUAGUCUCUUCUCCACUCCACAUGGUGCACGGUCCAUUAUUCAGGAGUUUCCUGACAUCACUAUACUGACAACUGAAGUCCAUGCUGUUGCUCCAACACACUUUGGCCAGAGGUAUUUUGGCACAGACUGACACCAUCAAUUAAUUGAUUCAGUUGAAUCGGUUUGCGUGUGUUUAUCACCCAUCCAGGAAAACCUGGCCAGCCCACAGCGUAUCUGUGUGCGAUUGGUUCAUCAGGGCUGGUCUCUGUAUUAUUAUGUUUUCUGUCUGAUAAUGUUUUUGGAUCAUUUGGUGUAUUUUUGUUCACAUGACCCUGACUCCACCAAGAUUGUUGAAUAUUGAGAUUUCUAAACAUUGUAGAGUGAUGCAAAAAAGAAAAUACAAAUAAAAAUAU